UAUGGUAUUCAGUUCAAGAUGGCGGUGCAGGCGACAGAAAAGGACGUGAUAAAUGUCGAAGAUGAUCACCUCGACGAUUCGUUCGGGAACCCCGGCCUCAUCUCCCCUGACAAGGAGGAUUUAUCUCGCCUCCUGACGGUGCCAUUCAGCGGACGCAUCGUAGGCGGCAUGCGGCCAGGAAAGAAGAUCAUAGUCAUGGGUAUUGUGGACGUGGAGCCAGACAGCUUUAAUGUGAGCCUGACUUGUGGCCGUGGUUCAGAGAAGGAGGCUCCUCAGUACGAUGUGGCCCUGAAACUCGCUGCCCGAUUCACAGAUCGCCAGUUCCUGCGCAGUGCCCGCGUCUCAGGGAAAUGGACAGAGGAGGAGGCCUCCAUCGCCUAUUUCCCCUUUAUCCCUGACCAGCCUUUUAGGAUUGAGAUCCAUUGCGAGCACCAGAGGUUCCGGAUAUUUGUUGAUGGACACCAGCUCUUUGACUUUUAUCACAAAGUAAAAUCUUUGUCUUCCAUUGAUACAGUACGAAUAGAUGGAGGCCUACAUAUCACCAAGCUUGGUUAACCCAGUCCUCGCCAUUAGGUCUGUAUGUAUGUGCGUGUGUGUGUGUGUGUGUGUGUGUGUGUGUGUGUGUGUGUGCACGCGUGUGUGUGCACGCGUGUGUGUGCACGCGUGUGUGUGUGUAAGAAGCAUGGACUUAAUCACACUUAAACACACAUGCGCCUGUUCCAUCGUCAUCCACGACCCAUCAUGCAACACUUCAGCCCCGUAGCAGCUGGGAACUCCACGAGAAGUUUGCAUUUUUCCUGCCUAGUCUUCUCCCUCCCCUUCUUCCUUUUCCUCUCAUUCAACCAUGGUCUGGCGUGAUCUGAUGAGGCUUCGUGGAUAAGUGGUUGCAAUAAAACAUUUAUUUUGUCCCUUCACCGAAACAUUCCCUCGGCUCUGCUAGAUCAGCGAUCUCGCUGCAUAAAUAACACACUCCCCCCGCCACCCCCUCUCUAAUCUGGCAUCCCGUAAGGAUUCUGCAGUGACAGAGGCCAAGACACAGGUGUGGAAUAGUCUUUUAAGAUGAGGAAAACUACUUUGCCGUUGAUUUAUAUCACGGGUUCGUACUUCUUAGUUUUCUCCGAAUUUGAAAUGUAUAAUCUGCAACACUCUGCUUCAAAAUAGCGUUUUUUCAUUAACAAAAUGGAAACCGUUUUAUCCUUAGUAGGCCUGGAUAUUUCGAGGCUUGAUGAAUACCCCCAGAUGCAUUUAAAAAAAUGUUUUUUUUACUUUGAUUUAUUGGGGGGAAAAAGCAGUUUCAGAACAUGAAGCAUUGUGGAUUUUGCAUCCCCUUUCAGGUUGCAAUUCUCGACCCAUCAACUUUGAAAUUAAGUGUGAACAACUCCACUUAUUAUUGGAGUUAUCUUUGAAAAUAGAAUCUGUUGAUGAUGUGCAGAGGUGAAGCUUUGUGACCUGAUUUUUUUUUUUUUCAAAGGGGUUUAAAUUGCACAGUCAUUACAAAAAGUAGCAGCCUCUUAGAGGACUAUACUCAGUGUACAUUACUAAUUGGCAUUAAUGUAGUGUUCAUUGCAGCCAUUCUCUUGUAGAUAGGAAGUGUUGUGCACUGACUAGAGCUGGUAAAAAUCAAUGUAUGAAUCUCGUUGAUGUUUUGUUUACAUUGCCGGUAAGAGAGAGAGAGGAAUGUGGAAGACCCCUUAAAAGUUGUCCUCAGUUUUUGCUCUCGUCACACACACACACACACAUUCCCUCCCACCAUCAUCUGGACUGUAUAGAACUUGAUAUGCAACUUACUCACUUUUGGAGGAAAAAAAAUAGCACUUCAAAAAAACUUGGAAAAAGUUGUGCU